AUGGCAGGAUACGAGGGUAUCUUUUCACAUUGCAAACUGUGGUCGGCUUGGAUGAUGUUAGCAUUGGGACUCGGUGUCAUGCUACCAGCAAUGGUUCUUCGUCUCAUACUGUAUUACCGUGUCUUCAUCUUGAAAUCGUCUGGCACCGGACAAGACAACAUUCUGGUUAAGCAUGCCAGAGUGUACUGGCCGUUCUACAUUCUCUGGUCACCUCUAUUGUGCGCCUGCAUAGUGGCUGAGAUCCUUCCAGGAAACCAGACCAUAGACUAUGUAGAUAUAGGAGGAGCACAUGUGUGCAUGAUGGCCCCUGCUAUGUCGUACUUCGUCAUCAGCUACUACUGUUUCUUGGCCCUUCUCGCUUGUGCACUGUACAUCCGCAUGCGUUCGGUCGCCAAAGUCUUCAACGAGUUCAAGCUGGGUCUCUGGAUUGUCGCCACGUUCCUCAUCAACUGCACGCUGGAUUUGGCCGUUGUGUUUACUGGUAGUGCAAAGUUUGCCUGGGGUCGGAUCGUGCCAACCAUCCUGUACUUGCUCACUUACAACGGGUACUUUUGGCUGAUUAUCGGGCCGCCUAUUUUUAACCAUAUCUUCCGGAGAGAGGCGGCACUGAGGGAGAUCAUAGACAUUAUGCAUGAGGAUGGGAUUCUUGCCCAGCAGGCCAAGCUUGGGAACGUCCACCGGGACCUCUAUGGAUUGAACACUGCCUCGGUGGCUACUCGGAGACUUUCUAAAGAGGCCAGCAACGUGCCUUUCGACCAAUCGGCCCAUCUGGAUAGUAUACAGACAGGCAGCUUCCCCUACAGCCAGAUACAGACCGACAGCCAUACAAGCACGAGCCUCGGAUCAAUAGCGACAGCCGAGGAUAAAGAGCACCGGCAUAUUAUUUAAUUUUCA